CACGCGCACGCAGGAAGCGGAGGCGCGUUCGUGCCUUGAAGUGUGAAAGUUGUAGCCGACUCCCGGGGAGCGUUCCGGCUGAGCGGCAUCAUGGACGACCUGGAUGCAUUGCUUGCUGACCUGGAAUCUACCACAUCUCAUAUUUCCAAGCGGCCUGUCUUCUUAUCUGAGGAGACCCCAUAUUCCUAUCCCAGUGGGUGCCAAACCUACCAAGAGAUUUCUGUUCCAGCUGCAAGCGAGUCCCUCAAUGGCACAGUCCAUGCAGACUCUUUGGAUUCCUGGACCAGCAGCUCCAAUAAAUAUUCACAUCAGCAGAAUCCCCUUCACAAUUCUUCAUCUCUGAAGGAGACUGUUCUGUCCCCUUCUGCUGGUGAAGAGGAGCAUGUAUACAGUUUUCCCAAUAAGCAGCGAUCUGCAGAGCCGUCUCCCACAAUCAUAAGCACGUCUCUGGGCAGCAAUCUGUCAGAGCUGGACCGUCUACUUCUGGAAUUAAAUGCUGUGCAGCAAGGGCCUCCAAGUAGCAUAUCAUCAGAUGACCUGAGCAGAAACCUCUCGCAGCCCAUGGCUCCUCCUGUCACCAGUGUCUCUGACAACUUUGCCAUUAAGAUUGGACAAGCCUCAAAGGAAAAGCCUAAGCGAAAUGGAGCACGAGGCAUAGAAGAUGUCCGUCCAAGUGUGGAAAGCCUUUUAGAUGAACUAGAAAGCUCUGUUCCCAGUCCAGUUCCGUCAAUCACUGUGCCUCAAGGAGAGAUGCACAACCCUCAGAGGGUCAGCACCAACCAGCAGCAAACUCGAAUCUCCGCCUCUUCUGCUACACGUGAACUGGAUGAACUCAUGGCCUCACUUUCUGAUUUUAAGACAUGUUAUGCUGUUUCUGAGCCCAUUUCUGAGCUUUGUAGUAGCCUUCCACAAACUCCAUUGCACACAUGGCCAGAGAGUGUGUGUGAGACUCUCGCACCUAUCGGUCCCGGUGUUCUCCUGCACAUUGAGGAGGAGGAAGGCUCUGUUUCAUCGCCCUCUUCCAGAAAAGAAACUAUCCUACAAAGUCUUGGUUUAGAGACGGAUAAUGCCAGCAAGGAUUUGCCAGCAUGUAGCCCUUUCAGUGCAUACAGUCUGAGAACAGACAUUUAUCUUCCAAGCUUUUUAAAAAAGCCUCAAGUUAAGGAGCUUGAUUUUGUUCAUCAAGAAUCUACAAAACCAAUGAAUGCAGCUCAGCCUGAUGGAGUUACUGAUCCACUUCUUGGAACAAACAGGUCUAAAAUUAUAAGAUCGCAUGAACAAGUAACUGUUGAUGGAGAAAGUGAUUUAUCACAACUACCAUACCAACAAAAUGUAACCCCUGAAAAAACUGAAGACCCAGUGAGGGGUGCAGGUAUUGAACUAGUGAAUGACAACACUUUUUUGCUGUCUUUUGGUGAUCUGGCUGGUAGCAUUGCCCCCAAUGGAGUUUUUCAGCAGCAUACAACAUUUGGGGUUCAGUCUGAAGAGGCACCCAUGGAGCCUUCUUGGGCUCAGGAAUCUUCCCAAGUUACAUUUCCAGAGACUUCAGUACAGGAACGAAUCUCAGCCUCGCGCCAGAUAAAGUCUGUGAUCAAAAGAACAAAAGAGUCGCCUAAUGUGCAUCCAAUGUCUCGGGACCUUUCUCCUCGGAGAAAAUUUGGACCGGCUAUAUAUAACAAGAGUCCUUCACAAGAUCGACUUAUUGAAGAACUACACGGGCGAUUUGGUAUAGACAAGCAGGAGACUUGCAAGAGUCCAGAAGAUAAUUGGUUGACAGAGGGAGUAAUUAUUACAUCUCAGCCUGCUAAAAAUGUGCGAACGUCAGAACAAAGGGUGGAGAAGAUAAUUAUACCCCCGGAUUCUCCACAACUCAUGAGAAAGACAUUAUCUGUCACUACUUCUCCACCUGGCACACUGCAGACGACCAGACUUGUGUCUAAAUCUACAUCGCCAGCUCAACCUCCUACUCCAGUUCCUUCUUCCAGUGCUACUGUUACUUCAUUACUCUCCUCUUUUCUUCCUCCUCCUGCACCUCCUUUACCCCCCACUCUCCCUCCUUUGCAUCCUCCUGCACUGAGUACACUACCUCCUCAGCCACCACCUUCUUGGAAAAGCUAUAGCGAUGAUUAUCAGGAUUUGUCUAGAGUAGUACCGCUGCAGGAAGUACCCCAAAUUUACUAUCGGGAAGAGCCUCCUGCCCCAUGGGUCUUCACAGCUGCUCCCUCAAGAACCCUGCCUGCUCCCAAGUCCCACAUUUCUGUUGCCUGCCAGACGGAUGAUCAUCCACUCUUUCCACCUAUUCAGAUCUCUCCUUUUGAUUCCACUGACGUGGCAGUCUUUCCUUCACGUCCUCCUCUGAACCCUUCUCCUGAUAAGCCAUUGGUUCCUUUCCUUCCACCUUCCCCUUCAUGGGCUUCACAGGAAGAUGAGGAUUUCAUAAAUGGUUAUGACUAUCGUAAUCCUUCCUCUAUGUCCCUUACUGCUAAUGAAACAUCUUUGUUCAUGGCUCAAGGAAAGUCUGUGACUAGCUCUCCCCCUUCCAGUGCUCCAAAGCCAGGCAGUCAGUUGGACAACAUGCUGGGCAGCCUACAAUCUGACCUUAACAAGCUGGGAGUAGCCACUGUGGCUAAGGGUGUUUGUGGAGCUUGCAAGAAGCCGAUUGCUGGUCAGGUUGUCACAGCUAUGGGAAGGACUUGGCAUCCUGAACACUUUGUAUGCACACACUGCCAGGAAGAAAUUGGAUCACGCAACUUCUUUGAGCGAGAUGGUCAGCCUUACUGUGAAAAAGACUAUCAUAAUCUAUUCUCCCCACGCUGUUUCUACUGUAACGGGCCCAUACUGGAUAAAGUUGUGACUGCAUUAGAUAGAACAUGGCAUCCUGAACAUUUCUUCUGUGCACAGUGCGGAUCAUUUUUUGGCCCAGACGGCUUCCAUGAGAGGGAUGGUAAGGCCUAUUGUCGUAAGGAUUACUUUGACAUGUUUGCCCCCAAAUGUGGUGGAUGCACCCAUGCCAUCUUGGAGAAUUAUAUAUCUGCUCUGAACACUUUGUGGCACCCGGAGUGCUUUGUUUGCAGGGAAUGCUUUACUCCAUUUGUUAAUGGGAGUUUCUUUGAACACGACGGGCAGCCAUACUGUGAGGUUCAUUAUCAUGAACGCCGUGGAUCGCUGUGUUCUGGCUGCCAAAAGCCCAUCACUGGCCGUUGUAUCACCGCUAUGGGGAAGAAGUUCCAUCCCGAGCACUUUGUCUGUGCCUUUUGCCUUAAACAGCUUAACAAAGGAACCUUCAAGGAGCAGAAUGACAAGCCAUACUGCCAGAACUGCUUUGUCAAGCUCUUCUGUUAGAGUUCUGUACUGUGUCUAAACGUUUCGCUCAUGAUGGUAAGGGCAGCUCUUGUGGGCAGCUCAGGUGGUUAAUAGCUGGAUACUGAAAGGAAUGGAGCAUAGAAGGUAGAGAGUGGGAUUUCAUACUCUUUCACUUCCACUUUUUCUUAUAAGGUGCUGAUUUCUGGGUGUCAGGCACUUCAUCUUUCCUUACUUCAAGAAGCACCCUCUUUCCCCUCUUGUUUCACAAACUCCUGCUCCUGAUGCGUAUUCAUGAAUUCCCAUUUCCUUGGGUUUGUAUGAUAUCACGGAACUACAUGGCAUGUUUACUUUGUGCUGUGGGUGGCGCGGCACUUUAGAAAGAGAGACAAUCUUCUAUGCAGCAGAUGAAGGGUUGCGUGCGUGCGAUAGUGCGUGUGAGUGAUUUUGUAAUGAAAUGGAGAGGAAUCUGCUGUAGGUUCCCUUCAAAUUAAAACUAUUUUGGAAUGGAACUAUCCCAUUCUUGUUACUAAAUCUGGCAGCUUUGAUACUAUUGAUUAAGCUGUGCUAGAAAAGGCCUGGUCUGGGAAUUGCAGCAAUAACUUUUUCUACUGACAGUUACUGGUAACUUGUCGCCUUAUUGGGGGAGUAAGCUCACUCACCUUUUUUUUUUUUUUUUUUUUUUUUAACUCGUAAUGACACUCUUUUCUCAUUAAAAUUAAGCUCUCCUAUCCGUGAAAUAAGUUUUAUUGACAAAAUAAAAUCAGUUUUUUGAAUAAAGUAUACAUAUAUAUAUGCCUAUAUCAAAGAAUAUCCGUUAGGAUUUUUUUUUAUUUUUUUUGCUUUAACUAAACCUGGCUAUUAACAUUCAGUAUUUUUAGAGUGAAUUUACUAUAUUAACAACUUUUGGAUACAUGUUAAUUUAAAAGCAGUGUUGAAAUACAAUCAAGAAAUAAUCUUUAAUCAAGUAUGAGUAGCAAAUGCCAAAUUAAAAUAUAAAUCAUGUUUAUAGUUUUUUUUAUUUUCUGAUUUAGAGAAGCAUACCACAUUUUUGUGAUGGAUGACCCUGUUUAAUUUUUUAGGGCAAUCUGCAAUUCUAUAUGUAUUGCUCUAUUUUGUACACCUGAAUCUAGAAGUUUCAGCAUUGCCUAAACAUGUCAAAAUAAUUAUUUGUGGGCAUGCAGUGCUAAUAUUAAAAAUGUGAUUGAAAUGCCAAAGAUAACCCUGGACUGGUGACUGUGGCCAACAUGCCUUUUUAAUGAAACAUUUCUAGAAUGUGCUGGGGAAAUCCUAUGUAUUUGUUUUGUUGCGGUUUUAUAAUCUUUUGUCCAUGGACUUUUCACUUGAAUGUAAAAUGUUAAGUAUUGAGAGACACACUUUGCAUAAAGCAGAAAUCCAUCCAGGCUGUUCUUUUAUGAAUCUUGCUAUCCUUUGUGUAGCAUGAAUCAACUCCUGUACUUUUGCUUCUGUAUGAAGUUUCCUUUUUAUAAGACCAGUCACUGCUGAUCCCACUCUCCUAAAUUUUCUUCAGACAGCUUGUAGCGGGUAGAGUUUCUGGGUCCCUCCCACAGCUCUGCUCUCUGCAUAGGCAUGAUGUCAUUACUUUUACCAGGUAAUGUUUGGAUUUCCAAAGGCAUUUGGUGCACACAAGUGAUUUUUUUUUUAACCAUUUGCAGCUAUGAUGAAUAUAUUUGGAUGAAAGUUUUUGUGCCUGGAGUUCAGCUCUAAAGCUUCUAGUUUUGGACAGAGUGAGAGUAAACGCAACCACUGUCCAUUUUUUUGGUUUGGGUCCUGCUUGAGAAGCCUUCCUCACACUUUUCUGUCAGGACAGUGAGUGAUGGGAAAGACAGACUGCUACAAACCACUUUUUAAUAAAAAUGUGCAUUGGUUAUAACAUCUGUCAUAUUAUGAUUUGCUUUUUAUGGCUACAUGUUCCAGUGAAAACUCCCCCCCUCAUUUCCUGUGCCACUGUCAUAGAAACAUAAACAAAAGCUAAAUAUCCCCCAAAAGCAGCACUCUUCCCAAGUACUUCUGAAACGUGGGGAAAAAACAUUUGCUUGGACUUGGUGUUUUGAUUGGAUGAAUAUCGACAGGUUCACACCAGUGAAAUCUUUGCACGUGUUGAUGCAUACAUGGGGAGAAAUAUUGCCCAAUACAGAAGAUUUCUGUUGAAUUUAUUUUUGUAUUUCUGUACUUGACGCGCAUUAAAAUUGAUAUGUUUGUUAAAAAUUGACCAACAGAAAAUAAAGGUGUUUUUUUUUUUUUUUCUGUUCACUUAAAGGGCAUCAAUAUGUUAAAUCUGAACAUUUCCCUAAGUCACAUGUUCGCACAGGCUAGCAUUCUUAUAAGGUGACCACAGGUAAAGGGACAGUACUGGUAACAAAUCUGAUCCCCCUUUUGUUUUUCCAGUGCCAAUUAUGGAAUUUUUAAAACUUUAUCUGGUGGCUAGGGGCAACAUCAUAUAUUUUUUUUUCUUCGGUAUUUAGAAAUCAGCCCCAUACAUUUUUAGAAUGAAUUGUAAAAUGGGGUGCUUUGGAUUUCUGUGUGAUUUCUGGAACAGCACCUUCACUAUUUUUUCUGUUACCUCACAGUUUUCUAAACUCUUAAGGACACAUUUCAAUUGUUCUGCAAUGAACGAGCCCAACCUAGACUGCUGUCUCUGGGAGUUCAGCUCUUCUAAAGGUGUCUUGUCACAUUUGCAGAUGCAUUUACUGUAUUGAUUUGAGCUGCGGUGUGUGGAGUGAACUUGCUUUACUGCACAUUGCAGUUGUUUUGUAGACAAUAAAAAAAAAAGCCUCCACUUUGGAAGUCAACAGUUUUUGGAGCCACAACUCCUGCAAAACCAUCAAGUUUUUUUCCUUUUUUUGUGGUUUUUUCCACAUUGCUUUAUGUAACUUUUUUGCUUCUGUGACAUAAUGACAAUAAACAUUUAAAUUUUG